CUCAUGAAGCGUGUCAGACGUCAGAGGAGGAGGCAGAGUGAGGAGCAGAGCCAGAAGAGGAAGAAGAGACUUUCGCAGGUUUCCUUCGUGUUUUGUAUGAAAUUGAGGUGACACGACAGACCCUGCCCCUCCGUGGGUCAACUGGUGGAAGAAGAUGAAGAGCCAGAUCACUAACGCCCUCUCCGACUUCUUCUUUGAGUAUGAGACCCCCCGCCAGGUGCUGGUGAGGAACAAGAGGGUGGGAGUGGUGUGCCGGCUCAUCCAGCUGGGGGUCCUGGCUUACAUCAUUGGGUGGGUCUUCAUCUAUGAGAAAGGUUACCAGUCCACAGAUACAGCCGUGAGCUCGGUGUUCACCAAAAUGAAGGGAGUGGGCUACACCAAUGUGAGCGGGAGGGAGACGGUGUGGGACGUGGCAGACUAUGUUUUCCCCUCUCAGCUCGGAGACAAGAAGAAAUGCAGCUCCAAUGCUGACUGUGAAGGAGGGAGUUUCAAACGUACGGGACAUGGACAAAUGACGGGAGUCUGUGUGAACGCCACUAAGACCUGUGAGGUUACAGCUUGGUGUCCAGUCGAAGACGAUCGCAUCAUACCAAAUCCUCCUCUUCUGAUUUCUGCAGAAAACUACACGCUCUUCAUCAAAAACUCUGUAACUUUCCCUUCAUUUGGCGUCACGAGGAGUAACCUGGUGGAGGGUAUUGAUACCAACUACAUCAGUCAAUGUCUUUACCAUCCAAAGACCGCUCCGCUCUGUCCCAUAUUCAAACUGGGAGACAUAGUCAAACUGUCCGGCUUUGAAUUUGAAAAAAUAGCCAGAGAGGGUGGGGCCAUUGGGAUUGUAAUCGACUGGACGUGUAACCUGGAUUUGGAUGUGAAACAAUGUAARCCAGAGUACAACUUUCAUGGUCUAUAUGGAAAUCCCAAUAAUAAAGACAACAGCGCGUCAAUGGGCUACAACUUCAGGUAUGCAAAGCAUUACAUGGAAGAUCACGUUCCCAAACGAACCCUCCUCAAAGUGUUCGGCAUUAGGUUUGACAUCAUCGUGAAAUCACUGGCAAGACAAUUUGACAUCAUCCCAACACUGACAGCAAUAGGAUCCGGAGUGGGAAUCUUUGGAGUGGCAACUGUGGUUUGUGACUUAGUUCUGCUGCAUUUGCUCCCAAAGAGAGAGUUUUACAAGAACAUGAAAUUCAAAUACACAGACACACAAACACAGCAGGAGUCUUUCGGUUUAGACUCAAACACCUAUUACACCCUUGAUGCACAAGACCAGGUCAAAGACAAGUCCAAUGAUCCUGAUUCGGAGGCAGGAAGCACAGAGACUGAGAAGUGACCUGGGAGCUAAGAGGCCAAUAACCGUGCCGCUUUAUUCGGUGUGCUGCCACCACGGAUCGCACAAGAUCACACCGACACACUCUAAACUAGACUCCUGGGACUGGACUCAGUUUUCUACAUGUCCUGUUUUCUUUCUGAUCCUCAGCAGCGUCUUCAGCAGCCAACGCCCUCCCACUUUUACAGCCAACCUGAGCGACUGCAAUUCUUCCUGUUCUGCUAACAAAGCUCUUGUCGUAUGUGUACUUUUUGGGUGUCGCUCAGUUUGCCUUCGCUCGUACAACGGGUGUAACCUUCACGACUUUACUGGUGACUGGAAACGAGCGGGUGAAGAAGGACGAACGGUGCGGCACCUUAGCGUGUCCGUGUGUGCACAGAUCAUUACCUCUGUCAGCGUCGCUGUCAGYGCAAAAACAAACAGAAGUUGUGUUUGCAUGUGUUACUGGAGUCACCCACACCACUAGUGUCAGUYGUGACCAUCAGUUCAUUAAAGUGGUACAGCAAUA